CAAGCAGCAGGAUGGCUAUCGGUGGCUUGAUUUCGAACCGGAACUUCGGUUCCUUCAUCGGCUCAGGCAAUGGCUUUCAGAACGAAAGAGGUACUUUGUACCAGAGACUAGGAAUAAAUGGUACAAAAUCAAAUGCAUUGUGCCGUAGUCAUAAGUCACGGAAGAUUUCACCUCUGCAAGCUGGUUUACAGCAUGAACUGGGACACAGGAGAGGUUUUCAGUGUUUCCUUCCACCAACAAUGGACAGUAGAUUUAGGUUUAGGAACAAUAUCAAGGUAAACAGAUUUCGUGCUCACUACAAAUCAGAGGAGUCAGAUAUUACCGAAGGAGUUGUGGACUCACUGCCAUCAGCGGAUGGGUCAGCUGAAGCUGUUUUAGUCGAAGGCAAUCUACAGAACGCAUCCCCAUGGUGGCAGCAGUUUCCUAGACGCUGGGUGAUCGUGCUGCUUUGCUUUGCUUCAUUUCUUCUAUGCAACAUGGACCGUGUGAACAUGAGCAUUGCGAUUCUUCCCAUGUCACAAGAAUAUAGCUGGAACAGUGCAACAGUUGGCUUAAUUCAGUCCUCUUUCUUCUGGGGAUAUCUACUUACUCAGAUUCUGGGAGGUAUAUGGGCAGAUAAGUUUGGCGGCAAGGUGGUUUUAGGUUUUGGUGUUGUCUGGUGGUCCAUUGCCACCAUUAUGACUCCUAUUGCUGCGAAGCUUGGUCUCCCCUUUUUGCUUGUCGUGCGGGCGUUCAUGGGCAUUGGCGAGGGUGUUGCUAUGCCUGCUAUGAACAACAUGCUUUCUAAAUGGAUCCCUGUCUCAGAGAGAAGCAGAUCGCUUGCACUAGUCUACAGUGGCAUGUAUCUCGGUUCUGUCACAGGAUUGGCAUUCUCUCCUAUGCUGAUCCACAAGUUCGGAUGGCCAUCUGUUUUCUACUCCUUUGGCUCCCUUGGAAGUAUAUGGUUUUUGCUAUGGCUAAAAUAUGCAUAUAGCUCUCCCAAGGAUGACCCGGAGCUAAGUGAAGAAGAAAAGAAGGUCAUACUCGGAGGAAGCAAACCACGGGAACCUGUGACAGUCAUUCCAUGGAAGCUGAUACUGUCUAAACCCCCUGUAUGGGCUCUCAUAAUUUCCCACUUCUGCCAUAACUGGGGAACAUUCAUACUAUUGACAUGGAUGCCCACAUAUUACAAUCAGGCAUGGAGUUCAGCUUCACUUUACUUCCCUAUGGUUGAAUAUUCUUACAGACAAGUGAAAAGACUCCUGUCUAUCGUCUUGAAGUUCAACCUCACUGAAUCUGGGCUCCUAUGCGUGUUACCAUGGUUUACGAUGGCUGUAUUCGCUAAUAUUGGAGGUUGGAUUGCUGAUACUCUCGUGAGCAGAGGUCUUUCGAUUACGGCCAUAAUGCAAUCGAUUGGUUUUCUGGGUCCUGCCUUCUUCCUGACUCAGCUGAGCCGUGUCAAAACUCCAGCAAUGGCGGUUCUCUGCAUGGCAUGCAGUCAGGGCUCUGACGCAUUCUCGCAGUCGGGUCUCUACUCUAAUCAUCAAGACAUUGGCCCACGCUACGCUGGUGUACUACUUGGACUUUCAAACACAGCAGGAGUCCUCGCUGGUGUCUUUGGCACUGCAGCUACUGGCUACAUCCUCCAACGAGGCUCAUGGGACGAUGUGUUCAAAGUAGCUGUUGCGCUGUAUUUAAUUGGAACUCUGGUCUGGAACCUGUUCGCUACCGGAGAGAAGGUUCUCGAC